AUGGGAGCUCAAGGUGGUGGUGCAGGAGCCUACAGCAUCUACAGCAGUGGUGGUCAACAGCAACAGCAGCAGACCUCAUCGAAUCAGCAGCAGCAAAACCAGCUCCUCCUUCAGCAGAGAGCGCUGGCGGUCGCCAAUGCCAAACUGCUUCAACAGCAGCAGCAACAACAACAGCAACACCUCAUUCGACCUCAGUCCUCGAUGUCGGCAGCGCAGUACCACACGCUAGGUCAUCAGACGAGCAAGCCCAUUUCCAUAGGACAGCAGCAGCAGCAGCAGCAGUACUACGUCACCACUUCCGGGCCUAAUACACAGACCGGCGGAAGUGCCCAGCAACAGUACCACUUUGCCACGCUCAGUCGCCACCAACAGCAACAACAGCAGCAACAACAACAACAGUACCAGCUGAUAAAUGCGCUCAGCUCGCAACAGCAGCAGCACCUGGCACAGCAACAGUUUGCCACGCUCACCCGACAACAUCAGGCGAUGCUGCAGCCGGCUCUGGCACAACAGCUAAGCGGAGGGGCUAUUUCCGGUGGAAGUGCCGUCUACACACAGCAACAGCUGCAGCAGCUACGACAGCAACAGCUCGCCCAGUUGGCAGCCGCUUCCGGCGGAGGUGGAGGAGGUGGUGGUGGUGGGGCAGGAGGAACCAUAGCUCGGCUAGUUCAGCAACAGCAGCAGCAGCUCAGACAGACGCCGCCGCUUUCUGCGGCUCAGCUGCAGCAGCAACAGCAGCAGGCGGCAGCGAGUAAACAACAACAGCAGCAGCAGCAGUAUCAGCAGGGACAGGCUCAGCUGUACGGGACCAGUACAGGAGCGACCACUGCUGUUGCCACUUCCGGUGCGACGCCCACCUACGCCCGCAAGUCGCUGGUGGAGUGGACGGCAGAGGACGUGCAGGAGUGGCUGGGGCGAAUUGGCAUGGCGGAGCAUCGCGCCAAGUUUGAGUGCUUCAACGGGGCGAAGAUGCUUCGCCUGGACAACAAUGCGCUGGUGGGCAUCGGCGUCCGCCACCAGCAGCACCGCAUCUACCUGCUGGAGAAGCUGAAGCAGCAGAUCUGGCAGAGUCACCAGCUGGCCACGGCCAACUAA